AGACCCUUCUGUGAGAUCCCCACCUCAUUCUGCGCUGGGAACGACACUUCCCACUACAGGGCUAUAAAUGUCAGAUGGGAAGUGAUGUGGAUCAGAAACAGCGGCCAAUAGGAGAAGCCAUCAUCGGUGGCAGUAGGAGUUUCCAGCAGGGUGCACGCCACAGCUUGACUCACAGGCAGUUUGACAAGUCCCAUCGGCCAGAGACGUCUACUUACGGUUUUUCGCUCAAAUUGCAGUGGUUUGCCUUUGGCACAUUUCGGGAUCCAGCAAAAGAGGCCCAAUCCAUCAGGCUUCCUCCUCCAGCGGAAAGAAUGUCUGAGCGGCCGGAGGAUGACGUCAGAGCCGGGGAGCAGCGCAGAGCGGGGGCCCGGCGGCGGCAGCAGCAGCAAGGGGACAGCAGGGCGAUGGCGGCCCUGCCCAGCCCAGGGGCCAUGCUGGGGCAGUCUUGGGUCAGCUGGCUGGACGCCGCCAGGCUGCACGGGGGUGACGAGCCGGAGGAAACUUCCAAGGAGAGUGACCAGAAGAGAGAAGCCAUGAGACUCAGCAGGGAAGACAUGCCCAUAUUUGGACUGUGCCCAGCCUACGAUGAGUUUUAUCUGGUCGUAUGUAGCCAAUGUAAUCAGGUCAUAAAGCCGCAAGCAUUUCAGUCACAUUAUGAAAGAAGACAUGGUUCCUGCGGCAAGCCCCCUCUAACACCUCCCACUUCGUCUGUGUAUUCCCUCUACUCCUCCCUGCCUUCAGCAAAAAGCAAAGCGGCCGGCGGCAGCACUCGCACGUUCAGCGGUGCAAGCGGUAGUGCCUCCUCCAACUCCAAGCUGAUAAAAUCUCCCAAAGAUAAGCUACAGAUAGGUGGAAACAGGUCGAUGCAUCCUGUACAGCACAGCAAAGCAAACCAAGACAAAAUAAUGACGCCCUCUGUUAAAGUGGAGAAGAUGCAUACAAUCCCAAAGAUGGAUGGCGUGUUAAUAAAAUCUGCUGCUGGGUCUACCUGUUCCUCUUCUGUCAGCUCCUCAGUAAAGACUGGCCUUAAUUGGCAAUCAAUACCAAAGCCACCUUUGCCUUCCCCUGGACAGAUACCAAAUGGUAAAGGAAUUCUCUCAACUCCUCCGAAUGUGGAAAAGAAGCCGGACGAUACACACUGUAGGAAAUAUUUACACAAGAGAUUGUCAGAUCGAGAGUUUGACCCUGAUAUACACUGUGGAGUUCUCGAUGUUGAGACUAAGAAGCCCUGCACUAGAUCUCUGACAUGCAAGACACAUUCCUUAGGCUACAGGAGAGCAGUACAAGGGCGCAAGAAAGGUUUUGAUGUGUUGUUAGCCGAGCACAAAAACAAAACCAGGGAAAAAGAAUUGCUCCGUCACGCUGAACAGCAGCAACAGAUACCUGCGCUCAGGGAACCGCAUCCCUCACCUUCAAAAUCUUCCCAGGAAUCACACCAAAAUUCUCAUGGACUUUCUGCCCCCGAAGUGAAGCCUUCAGUACCUAGCAAGGCCAAGCCUCACAACCCCAGUCUUCCAAGGCCAUCAGGUUACCCAGCGCAGCACAGUGGUAACGUUCCAAAUGGUUCGCCGUCAGUGCACGAAUCUCCUCAACCAGUAGUUCCUGCGGCUGAGCCGACCUCCCGCUUGUCUAGCGAUGAGGGAGAAGGGGAUGAAAAGGAGGAACCCGCUGAAAAACUGGACUGUCAUUAUUCAGACCAUCACCCUCGACCAGCAGCUUUUUGCUCCUUUGGUAGCAGACAGAUUGGGAGGGGAUAUUAUGUUUUUGACAAGCGGUGGGACCACAUCCGAUGUGCACUUAACUUCAUGGUGGACAAACAUCUUAACUCUCAGAUGUGGAGGAAAAUCCCUCCAGCAUCGGGCAGUUCAUCCAUGCAUGCUCCGCAUCGGACCAGCACGAAUUCAGCGCCUGUAUUACAGCGUAUGAACAACACUGGUUUCCUCUCGCCCAGCACAGUUACCUCUCCCCCCGCCCCCGUGACCUCUCCCUGUACAUCUGUGGACAAAGUCCUUUCACAAGGAACUAUACAAAGCGCUCACACUGCAACAGACCCCGCCAGUAGUAUGCAAUCCAGACAAGUGUCUUCUUCACCAUCCACACCGUCAGUGCUUUCCUCAUCGCCUAGCCCAGUCUCCAGCAAACCUCAAAAGUUAAAAUCCAACAAGGCUGUGAAACCUAAGGAAUCCACCGUCAGCAGCACGAACUGCAGUAGCAACAGCAGCGGCUCAGGAAAGAAACGGAAAAAUAACUCCCCACCCCAGCUGCUACCGCACCCCCCUUCUCAUUCCACUGAGUCCUUUAGGAAAAACUGUGUGGUGAACUCUGGCACGUACCACUCUCCCGGCACAACCUUGUCCCACGGAAGCCCGCACGGUGUCGGCCUCAAUUUUGUGAACAAUCGAUCUGUGAGUCUUAAACACGACCAAUCAGGGAGGGGUCCUCCAAUGGGAAACCCAGCGGAAUCCAUAAAGCGGAUGAGCGUAGUGAUGAACAGCAGUGACUCCACGCUUUCGCUCGGGCCGUUCGUUCACCAAGGCGGUGACCAAGCUGUGAACUCGCACAACACCUUUUCCCAUUCUCACGUUUCCCUGGACAAGUUUGCAGGAAAAAAGAGAAAGUCCGCAGCCGGCCCCAGCAGCGUAACCAAUAACAGCAAAGCCAGUAAGGUUGCCAAACUGCCGCCAGUAAACAACAUUCACUCGAAACACAGUGGUGGAAUUUCAGGAACGCCGACGUUGACCAAUAAUUCACUUCGUCAUCAGCCAAAGGCUCGUCCCUGACAGUUGUUUGUUACACAAACUGGACAAAUUAUCGUCACAAUCACCAACCUCCAGCUGGCUCUGUGGGCUCCAAGAUGCCUUUGAGUUUUCUCAACCUUCCCAAGGUCCUCAGGUAUAUGGAGCGUUUCUAGGACCGUCAGCUGGACCAGGAAUUUCCCUGAAGCCAUGUCUGUAGCAGUGAGUCCCAUCGCCGCUUCUAUCAGUGUUAGUGGACUGAGCCGCUUGCUACAAACCUGUGAGAAUUUAUUCGCAUUGAGCGUGAGCUUUUGUCCUCCAGCCUGCGGGGGGCGAGAGAGAAACUACACUGCAACUUUCUCCUGGGAACGCGGUCACCUGACGCCCAUCAGUGCAGACACAAUGACUGAAGGAGAGGAAUAAGGCUUUAUUCUUUUUACAGCAAUGCUCCAGUGAUUAACUACUAAAAUAGCACAAUUACAGAAAUAUAAAUAAAAAUAAAAAAAAGAGUAAUUAAGACUUUUGAA